CACCACUGCACUUCAGCCUGACAACAGAGUGAGACUGUCUCAAAAAAAAAAAAAAAAAAAAAAAAUGUCAGAGAAGUCUUUCUUGAAGAGGUGGUGACAAAGGCUGGGUACUGAAAGCUGAGUAGGAGUUUGUCAUUUGGGAGCCAGGGAAGCACUCUAAACAAAAGAUACAGCUUGUGCAAGGAUUCGAUGGGGAUGAAAAUAUCCAGGCAAAAAAAGCAAAAAGCAAAAAUCUGGGCUGGGUAGGUUAAGGGAGUGGGAAGAGAUUUCUGAUUUCCUGUAGAUUUGGUUUGGAGAAGCAGGGGAAGGCUGAGGAAGACUUGGGGCAUGGCAGAUGUUGGAAAUCAGGCUGAAGGGCUUGUACUUCCUCCUGAGUAUAAUAGGGAGCUAUGGAGGGUUCUUGAGGAGGGUGGAGUGACCCUGUCAGACUUGGGUUUGAAAAUGAUUCCUCUGGAUUAGUUAAAUCCAGGGGUGCUGGCUUACCCAAGAAGGAAGCGAUGCAUUUUUAGGGAGCAAAAGAGGUGAUUUUGAGCCUGGGGCACCGGGGAGAGGGUGGAGGCUAAGGCCCGGGAAGGAGUGCUCUUGAAUCUGGAAGGGCCCAACUCCCCAGGACCAGCCUUCGGCCUUGAUAUGACCUGAUUCAGCUAAACAAAGCUGGGGAGUGGGGACAAGACCUGGGGGACUUUUCGGCUCAGUGCCCCUGAGGUAACCAUUAAUCCUUCCCCUGGGGGAAUCCAGGGGCUUGUCCGUGGAUGGGGCAGAUCCUGGGGAGAAUGGAGGAGCACACACAGGCAGUCUCGGCACCAGAGCUGGGGGCCCAGAGGGCUCUGAUCAACAAUCCUGCUGACAUCCUAGUCAUCGCUGUGUAUUUCCUGCUGGUCAUCGGUGUUGGCUUGUGGUCCAUGUGCAGAAUCAACAGAGGCACCGUGGGUGGCUACUUCCUGGCUGGACGCAGCAUGGUGUGGUGGCCGGUGAGACUGGCUGGGCCGGGAAUGGGAGGGGGCCUGGAGAAGCAGCCCCGCUCACCCUCUCCUCUGGCCACCCAGGUUGGGGCCUCUCUCUUCGCCAGCAACAUCGGUAGCGGCCACUUUGUGGGCCUGGCAGGGACUGGUGCUGCAGGCGGCUUGGCUGUGGCUGGAUUCGAGUGGAAUGCACUCUUCGUGGUGCUGCUACUGGGCUGGCUCUUUGCACCUGUUUACCUGACGGCAGGGGUCAUCACGAUGCCACAGUACCUGCGAAAGCGCUUCGGCGGCCAUCGCAUCCGCCUCUACCUGUCUGUGCUUUCUCUUUUCCUGUACAUCUUCACCAAGAUCUCGGUGGACAUGUUCUCUGGAGCUGUAUUCAUCCAGCAGGCUCUGGGCUGGAACAUCUACGCCUCUGUCAUCGCACUUCUGGGCAUCACCAUGAUUUACACGGUGACAGGAGGGCUGGCUGCGCUGAUGUACACGGACACGGUGCAGACCUUCGUCAUCCUAGGGGGCGCCUGCAUCCUCAUGGGUUACGCCUUCCACGAGGUGGGCGGGUAUUCGGGUCUCUUCGACAAAUACCUGGGAGCGGCGACUUCGCUGACGGUGUCCGAGGAUCCGGCUGUUGGAAACAUCUCCAGCUCCUGCUAUCGACCCCGGCCCGACUCCUACCACUUGCUCCGGCACCCUGUGACGGGGGACCUGCCGUGGCCCGCGCUGCUCCUGGGGCUCACGAUCGUCUCGAGCUGGUACUGGUGCAGCGACCAGGUCAUCGUGCAGCGCUGCCUGGCCGGGAAGAGCCUGACCCACAUCAAGGCGGGCUGCAUUCUGUGCGGGUACCUGAAGCUGACGCCCAUGUUCCUCAUGGUCAUGCCAGGCAUGAUCAGCCGCGUUCUGUACCCGGACGAGGUGGCGUGCGUGGUGCCCGAGGUGUGCAGGCGCGUGUGCGGCACGGAGGUGGGCUGCUCCAACAUCGCCUACCCGCGGCUCGUCGUGAAGCUCAUGCCCAGAGGUCUGCGCGGACUCAUGCUUGCAGUCAUGCUGGCCGCGCUCAUGUCCUCACUGGCCUCCAUCUUCAACAGCAGCAGCACGCUCUUCACCAUGGACAUCUACACGCGCCUGCGGCCCCGCGCUGGCAACCGCGAGCUGCUGCUGGUGGGACGGCUCUGGGUGGUGUUCAUCGUGGUAGUGUCGGUGGCCUGGCUUCCCGUGGUGCAGGCGGCGCAAGGCGGGCAGCUCUUUGAUUACAUCCAGGCGGUCUCCAGCUAUCUGGCACCGCCAGUGUCUGCAGUCUUCGUGCUGGCGCUCUUCGUGCCGCGCGUUAAUGAGCAGGGCGCCUUCUGGGGACUCAUCGGGGGCCUGCUGAUGGGCCUGGCACGCCUGAUUCCCGAGUUCUCCUUUGGCUCGGGAAGCUGUGUGCAGCCCUCUGCCUGCCCGGCUUUCCUCUGCGGCGUGCACUACCUCUACUUCGCCAUCAUUCUGUUCCUCUGCUCUGGCCUCCUCACCCUCACGGUCUCGCUGUGCACGGCGCCCAUACCCCGCAAGCACCUCCAUCGCCUGGUCUUCAGUCUCCGGCACAGCAAGGAGGAACGGGAGGACCUCGAUGCUGAUGACCAGGAAAGCUCCUCACUCCCUGUACAGAAUGGGUGCCCAGAGCGUGCCAUGGAGAUGGACGAGUCCCAGGCUCCAGCACCUAGCCACUUCCGCCAGUGCCUGCUCUGGUUUUGUGGAAUGAGCAGGGGUGGGGAGGGCAGUCCUCCGCCCCCUACCCAGGAGGAGGCAGCGGCAGCAGCCAGGCAGCUAGAGGACAUCAGCGAGGACCCAAGCUGGGCUCGUGUGGUCAACUUCAAUGCCCUGCUCAUGAUGGCAGUAGCUGUGUUCUUCUGGGGUUUCUAUGCCUAAAGCCAACUGUGUUGGACACCAUAAGCCACAGCCUCACAGGAAGUGGGGGUGAGGAGCCUGCUCUGCUCCACAGAAAAGGGACAGGGGCAUGGGGUAGGAAUGUCCUGGCUUCCCUUCUCCUGGCCUUCCUCUGCCUGGGGCCCACUGCAUCUGAUUGGCAGUCACUUCCCAUGUGGACCUGGCCCACCUGCCACUGCAGUUGCCCUAAGGAAAAAUAAAGCUGCCUUUCCCUCCCUCCUGCUGUGGCCAAAGUGUCCUUGCUCCAGACUUCUGUCCUGGGCUUGGGCCUCCAUUUGGGCCGCUCACAGGACCUUCUUUUCGGGAGACAGAAGCCAUGUGGCCCUCCACUCAUCCACCUCUAGCUGGUGCUUCUCGGUCUUCCAGCCGGCAUCCUGCAGUCCUGGGGAGAGAGAAUGGGGUGCUGCCGGGAAUGCUGGGGACAAGGGUAAGGAGAUGCAUCAGCAGUCUAGAUCGUCAGGCACUUACCCGCCCACACACGGUUCCUCAGCUCCUCCAGUUCUGCUGGGAGGGGUCCAUCUCCCUGUAGGGCCCCAAGCAUCAGCCCAUGUGUGGCGGCCCUUAGGACGGUCUUGGGGUCUGCCUUCUGGUUCAGAACUACCUGUACCUGGUCUGGAGAGACCAGAGACAGACUGGUGUCAGGGAAGGGCCACUUCCCAAAUCCCUUCGAUCCCGUCAUCCUGCUUCCCCGGUCUCUCCCCAGAGACCCCGGCCUGGCAUGAAAGGCCAGCCCCUCACCUUUUCCUUUCCAAUUCAUUUCCUGUUGCUCCCCAGUGCUCAGGCCAAACUGACCAAUUUCCAAAUACAAUUUCAUAGCAGCUCACUGAGCUGGGUCUAUUUUGCAUUUCUUUAAUGGCUAGUGAGAAUAAACGCCUUUUCACCCUCAA